CUCUCAAGGAAAACGCCCACAAGAAGAUGUCAACAAGCUCCCCCUUUCAGGCCAGAUACCUCCCGGCCAAAGCCAAUUAGUCGAAACACAAUUUCUUGACCUCCCAUUUUUCAGCUUGUCUAGACUACGGGGCCCUUUUACGCAUUUUUUAAGGAAGCGUCCACCCCCCAGACAGUCGGCGUUCCAGGGCAGACCACUGAAGCUACCCUCCUGAGCCCUGCGAGGGAUGCAGCAGCUUGUAACAAAGACCUCUCGCCUCGCUCACGGUAAAGACACCCCGACAAAACCCCACGGAUCCGAUCACCUCCAGCCGAGGCGGAGCAGCUCUUUCUUCCCGCAGAAAAUACGGGAGGGAGGCAGAGCCCUGAGCCGGAGGCAGUGCCAAACACCCCCUCCCGCAAGGGCAAGACAAAGCUCCCCCAGCCCCGACUCGGCCCUCGCCGCCCUCUCCGCGGCCGCGGCCCGGCCUCCUCACCGGCCGGCCGGCGGGCCCACCGCCCAAGAGAGGCCGCGGCCUUGCUGCGCGCUUCCCGAGCGCGGCCUCUCUCGUCGGCCGGAGCCUCACACAGCGGUUCGGAAGCCGCAGACAGAGCGAGGAGAGCAGCCACCCAAACCAGACCGGCCGGGGCCAGCCAGACCCACCUGGAUUCAUCAGUCAUGGCACGAAGGGCCUUGAAACUUGCCACGUUGGCGGCAGCCACUUCUGGCAUCUAUCUGUAUGGCAACAAGUUCCUGGAUCCCAAUGAUUUUGGAGUUGUUCGUGUGGGCCGAGCCAUUGCCACAACGGCAGUUAUCACCUAUGACUACCUCACCUCCCUUCGGAGUGUCCCAUACGGAUCAGAGGAGUAUGACUUCCUCAAAUCACAGGUGCACCUGCGCUCUGCUGAGCGUCUCCGGGAGCUGUGCUGCGCCAACCGAGGCACCUUCAUCAAGGUGGGACAGCACCUGGGAGCGCUUGACUACCUGCUGCCUGAGGAGUACACCCGCACCCUCAAAGUGCUGCACAGCCAGGCCCCACAAAGCACCAGGCAGGAGAUUGAGCAAGUCAUCCGUGAGGAUCUGGGCAAAGAGAUAAAAGAGCUCUUCCUGAGUUUUGAGGACACUCCCUUGGGAGCAGCGUCACUAGCCCAGGUGCACAAGGCAGUGCUGCAGGAUGGGAGAACGGUGGCAGUGAAAAUCCAGCACCCAAAGGUCCAAGCUCAGAGCUCCAAGGAUAUUUUGCUCAUGGAGGUUCUCCUCUUGGUUGUGAAGCAGAUCUUUCCAGAUUUUGAGUUCAUGUGGCUGGUGGAAGAAGCUAAGAAGAAUCUGCCCUUGGAGCUGGAUUUCCUCAAUGAGGGCAGAAAUGCUGAGAAGGUUGCUCAUAUGCUCAAGAACUUUGACUUCCUGAAGGUCCCCAGGAUCUACUGGGAGCUCUCAACAAGGCGCGUCCUUCUCAUGGAGUUUAUGGAAGGGGGACAGGUGAACGACAGGGCCUACAUGGAGAGGAAUGGCAUCAAUGUCAAUGAGAUCUCUCGCAACCUGGGGAAGCUCUACAGCGAAAUGAUCUUUGUGAACGGCUUUGUGCACUGUGACCCGCACCCAGGCAACGUGCUAGUGAAGAAAUGCCCAGCCUCUGGCAAGGCCCACAUUAUCCUCCUGGACCACGGGCUUUACCAGGUGCUGAGCGAGUCAUUCCGCAUGGACUACUGCUGCCUUUGGCAGGCCCUUAUCAAGGCUGAUAUGAAGAGGGUGCAGAAGUACAGCCGGCGGCUCGGGGCAGGGGAUUUGUACCCUCUCUUUGCCUGCAUGCUGACCGCCAGGUCCUGGGAGUCUGUCAACAGGGGCAUUGACCGGUCACCAGUCUCAGCCAGCGAGGAUGUGGAGAUCCGGUCCAACGCGGCUGCUUACCUACCCCAGAUCACCCAGCUCCUCAACAACGUCCCCCGCCAGAUGCUGCUGCUGCUGAAGACCAAUGACUUGUUAAGGGGGAUUGAGUCAGCCCUGCACACGCGGGCCAGUGCCAGUUCCUUCCUCAACAUGUCUCGCUGCUGCAUCAGAGCUGUUUCCACGUACCAAAGGAGCAAGAGUCACUCGCUUUACAGGAGGGCCCAGAUCUCACUCACAGAAGCCCUGAGCCUGUGGCAGAUCAACUUGUAUGAACUCUUUCUGUGGCUGAAGGGGUCCCAGCUGGGGAACUGGGUCAUUGCUCUCCUGAGCCGGAUGCACCAUUCCACGUACUGACAUGAACUGGUGGGAGAGGCCUGGGUGCUCCCUCCCUCCCUUCUGCUCUCCAUGGCACAUUUGCCUUUCUGACUGUUUCUGUCUAUUCUGUGGGCUAUUUUUGGGUCUUGUUCCACGUUACAUGCUGCACUGUCCUUGCCUGUUACAGCGUUAGCUUUCUCUGUGGCACUGAGAGGUGGUGUGGGUACCAGAGCUCUGCUGUUUCAUGGUUUAGGAAAAAGUGGUGCAGGAUACUGUGUGUCAGGAAGGGCAGGGUACUUUCUUUCCCCAUCUGAGCAGGGAAAAUUCCACUCAGGUUCCAGUGGAAGCAAAAGCCUCUCCUUGGCUCUUUCUUAAACAAUCUUACAGAAUUUAAGAGAGUCCCACCCUACCUAGAAUGCCCCAAAACAUUUCUCAGACCCUCAGUCUUCUCAGUCUGGUUUCUGUUCAGAUGUGCAGAGAGCUUCUCAGAGGAGUGAGACCUUGUGGAGAGCUGGCACUAGUGCUUCCCCUCCCAGCACCAGGGAAAGGGGACCUUAAUGGUGAGAGUGGCAGACUGGGAGUCCAGCUUUCUGAGGUUCGUCUCCAGUCCUGUCAGCAAGUGCCUCUGUGUUUUUUGGACUUUUCCUGGCCUGUUUCCUUGCAGGUGAAAUGGGGAAAGGGGACAGUGGUCCUGCCUCUUUUCCAAAAUUCAGGGAAGGCAGGAAGAAUGACAGUUCAGGGCUCUGAAACUGUUGGUAAUGUAUGUGUACUGUACAGUACUGCCACACAGCAAAAUAAAUGUGUUGUAUCAAAGACCUUUGGGGGAGCGAUGCCUGGCUGUGCACUCAGGGUGACGUUUGGGCCUCUAACCUCAGUCCUGUUUCCAUUUCUCCACUGAUAGAGUGAUGCCAGGCAGCACUGUUAACUCCUUGCAAGCCAAAUGAAAUGGCCUCUUGGUCUUUCCUCUUCCCAAGAAGUUCGUUCCACAUCUGGGUCCUCCAGUGCUGCAUCAGAUGUGUGUUGGGAUGGGAUGCAGAAGCAGGCGUCAUUCUGCUGGGAGGACACAUCACUCCUUGCCACCCAGAUCCAUGCUGAGCCCACCUCCUGCCUGCCUGUGGAAGCACACUGCAGCACAUCUGUGAGACGUCACCAUCCCUGUGCCAUGCAUGGAGCAUUUCACCUCCUCACUGCCUGUGAUGUUUCACUGCCACUGCCUCAGAUGAAAACCUGCCACUUGCUUGGUGGUGCAAGUGACAGGUCUGAUGGCUCUGACUCUGCAGCUAUGGGAUGUCUACCAGGAAGACUCACCCAGAGGCCUGCUUUAUGUGAGACAUAUUGGGAUACUGAGAGACAUCCCUGCU